AGGUGGAGGAGAGCGAGAGCGCGCGGGACCGGACGGCAACGGAACCCGGACCGGGCGGGAGAAGCGAGAGAGGAGGGAGGAGGAGAGAGCGCGCGCGCGGCUACGGACACCGGACACUCGAGCCCGAGGCAGCGCGGGCCCUGGGCCUGGGCCGAGCAAGAGAGGGGGGGCCCGCCGCUGGGCGGGAGCGGCGGCCGAGGCCGAGGGCGGCGGAAGAUGCUGAAAAUGGCGGAGAGCGGAGAAGAUCCAUUGCAGGCAGCUGGAGUGUGCGCUCAGCCCACUGUAAAACGCAAGCGCACUGUGGAAGAUUUCAAUCAGUUCUGCAACUUUGUUCUGGCGUACACUGGGUACAUUCCACCAUCCAGAGAGGAAUGUGAGUGGACUCCAUCCAGUUCGAAUUCUCCCGUCAGGGCAGAGAGCGUGGUGGACAGUGACAGCUGGGACUCCACACAGUCCAUCGAUUUUGACACCAUUCAGAACUUUGUCAAGAAGGCAAGAUCCUCCAAGGGGAACGGCUUCCACCGGCUGAAAUCAGACGGCUUGCUGCUGGACAGGCUGAAGCUGAAGGACUCCCUCUACCCUCCAUCGGACAAGAAGAAGGAGAAGGAGCGGAAGGGCAAGCGUUGGGGCCCGGAGGUGGAGCAGCAGCGGGCUCUGGACGGGGAGAAGUCUGGUUUUGCCCGCAUCAAGAGGAGCAAGAAGCACAAGCUGAAGAAGGAGAGGUCGGAGAAAAAGAUCAAGAACUCUCUGAGCGAGACGGACUCUGACGAGGAGAUGGUGAAAGCAACCCUGCUCUCCGAGCCUCUGAGGCCGGCGGCUGAGGUGGCUACUGGCGAGAACUUUAAGAUGGAGAUCGAGGAGUGCAUGAGCAUGGUGAACAGUCACGAUGGGGAGACCAGCUCGAGUGAGGGGGAGCCACGGAUCAUGGAUGAGGACAUCAUGGUGGAGUCAGACGACGACUCGUGGGGUCUGGUGACCUGCUACUGUCAGAAGCCCUUUGCGGGCCGACCCAUGAUCGAAUGCAACCACUGCAACACCUGGAUCCACCUGUCGUGCGCCAAGAUCCGCAAGUCCAACGUCCCCGACGUCUUCUUCUGUGAGAAGUGCCGGGACGCCAAAGAAGGCAGGAGGUCGGGCUCCAACCAGAAGAAAGUCCCUUGAGUGACUCCCCGUGUGUGUGUGUGAGCCCGUUUUUGUGACUCUACUCUCCAGGUUAAAACAAGAACGCACGUCGCCAGCAAGGUGGAAGGUCAGCCAAAGAGACCUCGGGGUGGGGAGGGGGGGGGGGGGGAGAAGAGCAAAGACCACCCAGGGGGGAGCAACAGGUUUCACUUAAACUGUACAGAAUCUGCAAACACUUCCCGUUGUCAAAGUGUGGCUGUCUCACACUGGAUGCAGCUGAUUCAGGCCUCGAUACCUCCCGGGCCUGAGUGAAUGGCUUGGUUGGUAGCCAAGGGCAGAGGGUUGGCUUGGCCCUGUCGAGAUAUCUUGGCCAUCUGGAGUGUUUUUUCCCCCUUGUUUUACCCGUCGAAGUCUGCCUUCGAAAAUGGUGGCUACUGGCAAAGGAAAAACAGACUAUGUGCUGCACUCUGUGUCCGUGAAGACUAAUGGAAUAUUGUCCUCCCUUGCGUUUCUCAACUCCGGAAGCCCUGCGUUGAAGGUGGUUGUCCCUGUUCAGAUGGGGGGGGGGGGGGUGUCGUCACUAACCACGCGACAUGACAAAUUUAACCGCCAUUCAAGGACUGAAAGAAAGUGGCUGUUGAAUAAAUAUUAACUUUCUGUAUUUAAGAGAGGUUUUUUUUUUUGCUUUUGUUUUUUUAAGUAAAAGUUUUAAGGAGACCGUGGGCUUUGUGUUGGUUCCAGACCAGGAGGUUUAGGUUUUUCUAGUCUGUGUGUGUUGUUGUUGACCAGAGAGACCAUUCUGUGCACAGAAUUCCUACCGAGAGAUUUCUUUUUGCUGCCUCUGGCCUCCCACCGGCCACAGUGAAGGUAGCGUUUGUGUCUUGUAGGAUGCCGCAUCGAAGUGCGUCGAGGAACAAGCCCGAUUAGUUCAGUCAGAGAAGUUUGGAUUAGGCCGGGCGUCGAACUGGCCAUCCCUUGUGGAAGCUCCAAGCUCCAUUUUGGGCUGCGUAUCACCAAAUCCAUUCAGAUUCCACAUCCUGCCAGGAUAGUGUGUGUGCGUGUGUUUCCUUUUUAAACGUUGGAAGAUUACAUUUCAUUGCGUGAGAAUCCUGGAUAUUUUGAGAUUGAGUUCGGUCGUGCUUGUGUUGUCUGACAGUCAGACAGAGUAUCGACACUUGAGGUCUGAUCCUGAGUUUUGGAUUGUUUAAAAGAAGUUGCCUUUGGAGUUCAGGAGGGGUAGGGCCCCCAGGCGGAAGGAUGUAUACGCCGAGUUAUCUGCACCGCUAACCGACGUGUAAAGAGAAUGCUAAAUGCCAGGCGGAGGUGAAAUCUAGCCAUUGCUGGGAUUCAAGCAGUCCCAUCAGCCUCCUCCUUCCUAGCUGCCUAAAGCAAGCUGAAGAUGUUGUAAUUUGUGCUCAUUACAUCUGAGCACACUGUUUUUGCUUCUCUUCCCCCCCUUAUCGUCCCACUGAACAGUGUGCUGCCAUGCUGGUAUCAAGAGUUGAGUGCCAGAGGGAGUCGGGUUAGAUGGGGGGGGGGGGAGAAAAGAUCCAGAGAUAACCUGUCAUCUUGUUAGAUUGCUGGUCAGAGCCAUGCAGGUGGCAGGGUCAGUUGAGUAGCCGUAAGGGGUCCUUUGGCCGAGGUACUGCUGGCCGUCUGGUAUCAGUGGCACAAGCCUGGCCUUUGUGCCGCGAUUGUGUCUCCUUUCGACACCUGUAAUCGUACGGCGGUUCUGCAGACAUCCUUCCAUUCAUACAUCAUACAGGAAGCUCAGGCUGUGGCGAGUCGUGUCUUGUACAGCCGGGUCUCCCAGAUAACGAGGUGUAAAACUGAAUGCGGGUAUGGAACAAAAAUGAAUCUGAAUAUUCAUUUACUCAGGACUUAAUAUAUUGGAGCAGAAACUCCAGCGAUCCGAAACGACAAAUGUU